AUGCUGACCGCGCGCCUCCGGGUUCAGCUCGUACCCGGCCCUGACUCCCUGUGUGAUCUGCAAGGCUUGUGUUUGACAAACUCGGUGCAGUUUCCUAACCUGUCUGCGCAGAGGGUUGCACAAGAGUCCCAAGCUCCGGAUCCAGGCGCCCCUUCGGAACUCAUCACGGAAAGUGAGACAGAAGAUGAAAGCAGGCAGGGGCCAAGAGACAGCUCUAGGAAAGUCCACACUCUUCCAGACCCCCGCUGGCCCUUCCUCCUGCGCGGCUCCUGCUGUCCCGACCACUCAGAAGCACUCUCCUGCUUCUUCCCUGGCGUGUACUUCAGGGCCCCCCGGCGGAGUGUUCCAGAGCCCGGGAAUCACUGUGUCAGCCUCUUCGCCUGCUCACAUGCCAAGUCCCUCAUUCUCACCCAGGCUCACCUGCUGGCUCGCCUUAUCCACCCAAGCUGCCCGUUUCAGAGCCCGGAGAUGCACGCCUCCACUCUGGCGCUGCUCUGGACCACAAGACUGCCUCUGUCUGCCCUGCAUCUCCACUUGGAUGUCCAAGAGAAACCCGACCCGUAA